CACAUUUUUUUCAAAUCUGUAAGCACGACGAAAUACAAUGUAUCCUAUAUCCCGAAUUUUCCAAUUAACUUGAUCAAUAAUUCAACUAUAAGUGACGUUAAUAAAAAAACUAAGUCAUUUUUAUUUUAUAAAUAUUUUAUAAUAAUACUAACAAAUUUUGUUGGAAAUUAACGACCGGCUAGCCGACAGUUAUUACUUAAAAGUCGCUUUAGAUAUAAUUAUAUAGUGCUAUUUCAAAGAAUGAAUAUUUUUACUUCAUUAUGUGCUAAUAAGUACCGUCAUUAUAGUACAUUAAUUAAAUAUCACAGAUAUGGAAAACUAAAAUUUACUUCUUUAGUCAUACAGAAAAGAUUUAAAAAAGAUGACAAUUUAUCUACUCUGUUCGUUCCAGUACCUGUAAAACCAAACCCAGAUGAUAUAAAUGUUGGAGCUGAACUUACUGGUAGACUAAAUAAAGGCGAUCUUUUAAAAGUACUAAACAGAUUUUAUCAAAAGCCUGAAAUCAAACAGUUAGCUUUAGAAAAUGGAUUGGAUAAUUAUUUGCAGCACCAAGCAUAUAUAAGUUUUAGAAGAUAUUGUCUUGAAGCCAAUACAUUGCCUGUUGAUCUUCAUGUAGUUAUUAGUGAUAUUUUACAAGGAGCUGGACACGUAGAUGAUAUACUUCCAUAUUUCUUGAGACAUGCUAAACAAAUGUUUCCACAUCUUGAAUGUAUGGACGAUUUAAAGAAAAUAAGCGAUCUUCGAUCACCUGCUAAUUGGUAUCCAGAGGCAAGAGCUAUUAAUCGAAAAAUUAUAUUCCAUGCUGGUCCAACAAAUAGUGGAAAAACAUAUCAUGCUUUAGAAAAAUUUUUGUCAUCUAAUUCUGGAGUGUACUGUGGUCCUUUGAAACUUUUAGCUACUGAAGUGUAUCGAAAAGCAAAUGAAAGAGGUACACCGUGUGAUUUGGUUACUGGUGAAGAAAGAAAAUUUGCAGAUGAAAAAAAUGAAGCUUCUAAACAUGUGUCUUGCACUGUUGAAAUGGCAAAUGUAAAUGCAUCCUAUGAUGUUGCCGUCAUCGAUGAAAUUCAAAUGAUGAAAGAUCCUAGUCGGGGUUGGGCUUGGACAAGAGCUUUGCUUGGUUUAGUGGCCAAUGAAAUUCAUAUUUGUGGGGAAGAAGGUGCAGUUGAUUUGGUUAAAGGUUUAAUGAUAACAACUGGUGAAGAUGUCCAGGUUUGUAGGUAUAAACGUCUCACUGAAUUAACAAUUGAAAAUUCAGCAAUUUGUACUUUGGAUAAUAUUAUGCCAGGUGAUUGUAUUGUUUGCUUCAGUAAAAAUGACGUGUACACGGUAAGUCGAGGGAUAGAAUCUAGAGGUAUUGAGGUAGCAGUUAUAUAUGGUGGUUUGCCACCUAAUACAAAAUUGGCCCAAGCACAAAAAUUUAAUGACCCUAAAAAUUCUUGUAAUGUUCUUGUUGCUACUGAUGCUAUUGGAAUGGGGUUAAAUUUGAGUAUUAGAAGAGUUAUAUUUUAUUCAUUAAUAAAACCAACGUUAAAUGAAAAAGGAGAAAAAGAAAUGGAUACUAUUUCAGUCUCACAAGCACUUCAAAUUGCAGGACGAGCUGGACGUUAUGGAACAGAAUAUGAAAAAGGUUGUGUAACAACAUUUAAGCCUCAAGACUUACCUACCUUAAAAAACAUAUUAUCAGAAAAACCAGAACCUAUACUUAAGGCAGGACUUCAUCCAACUGCUGAUCAGAUUGAAUUGUAUGCAUACCAUUUGCCAAAUUCUACAUUAUCCAAUCUUGUGGAUAUUUUUAUUUCAUUAUCUACAGUUGACGAUUCAUUAUAUUUUAUGUGCAAUAUAGAAGAUUUUAAAUUUCUUGCUGAUAUGAUACAGCAUGUACCAUUACCACUAAGAGCAAGAUAUGUUUUUUGUUGUGCUCCCAUCAAUAGAAAAAUGCCAUUUGUUUGCACCAUGUUUCUUAAGUAUGCAAGACAAUAUAGUAAAAAUGAAUCUAUUACGUUUGAUUGGUUAUGUAAACAUAUUGGAUGGCCUUUCACUAUUCCAAAAACUAUUAUUGAUUUGGUACAUUUAGAAGCAGUGUUUGAUGUUUUGGACUUAUACUUAUGGUUUAGUUAUAGGUUUUCUGAUUUAUUUCUUGAAGCAAACUUAGUAAGAGACAUGCAAUCAGAAUUAGAUGAUAUUAUUGAACAAGGUGUAGUUCAAAUUACUAGACUUUUAAAGAAUUCUGAAUCAUCUAGUCCAAGCAGUGAUUCAAUUGAAGAAGAAUUUAAUGUUGCAAGACAUAAACAUAAUUAUUUAAGAGGCUCAGAUCAAAGACAUUUCAAUAAAAAUCAAAUUGGAAAGGGAAGAUUAACAGAAAGACUUUUAGCUCAAGGAUUAUUAACUCCCAAUAUGCUAGAUGAAUUACAAAAAGAAUGGGAUAAAAGUAAAAAUAAAAAUGAAGAUGAUGUUGAAAGUGAUGCUGAUAAUGAUGAUGACCCACCUCCACAACCUAAUCACCCAAAUAAUAAAAGAUCCAGGAGAAGGAGAAGAAAAUACUAGAUAGUAUAUUGAAAUUAUGUAAUAUUUUAUUGUUUUUAUUUAAUAUAAUAUAUAUAUAUAUUA